UUAAUAAUUAAUAAGAUAUGAACUGGAACAACGCGAACUCCUCGCGGGAUGGGAAUUGCAAAAGCAAUUUGGUGUCAUUUUUAUUCUUUUUAUUUUAUUCUUUGUGUUUCUCUUCUCUGCGAGUUCUUAGGGUUUCUGUAUUCUCUCUCGUUCUGUGAUUGAUUUCUCGGAAGUCAAACCAAAGUUUUGGCGUUUAAUUGGUCCCGGCGAAGAUCUCUUGUUUCGUUGUUUCACUUGGCUUAUGAAGUUCUUCUCCGCCUGCCAAUUUUUAGUGAGCAGGGUUUGAGAUGGAGAUUGCAGCUCUUUUAACAUCUGCUGGGAUCAACAUUUCGAUAUGCAUUGUGCUUCUCUCACUUUAUUCUGUACUUAGGAAACAGCCAGCCAAUUACUGUGUCUAUUUUGGACGAAGGCUUGUUUGUGGAGGUGCUAGACGUUAUGAUCCUUUUUGGUACGAAAGGUUUGUGCCUUCUCCAAGUUGGCUGGUCAAAACAUGGGAAACUAGUGAAGAUGAAUUAUUAACUGCUGCUGGUCUUGACGCUGUUGUUUUCCUCAGGAUGGUCAUUUUCAGCAUUCGUAUUUUCUUUAUUACUGCUGUUGUUUGUAUUGCCUUUGUGCUGCCUGUAAAUUAUUAUGGCCAACCGAGGAUGCACAAAGAAAUUCAUUUGGAGUCAUCCGAAGUGUUCACUAUCGAAAAUCUUAAAGAAGGUUCAAAAUGGCUGUGGGUUCAUUGUCUUGCACUGUACAUUAUAACUUCAGCAGCAUGUCUUCUUCUCUACUUUGAGUAUAGGACCAUAGCCAAAAUGAGGCUUGGACAUAUUACUAGUUCUGCCCCAAAGCCAAGUCAAUUUACCGUUCUUAUCCGAGCUAUUCCAUGGCAUCCUGAGCAAUCUUACAGCGACACCCUGAGUAAAUACUUCACAAAUUACUAUUCAUCAAGCUAUUUGUCCCACCAGAUGGUUUACCAUAAUGGCAUCAUUCAGAGAUUGCUGCAUGAUGCAGAGAGGGUGUGCCUGAGUCUAAAACAUGUUUCUCCUGAAAUCAGUUGUAAACCGAGUUUGACUCCAUGUAACUUUUGUGGAGGACCUACAGCCACAAAUUCGUUUCAUAUCCUAUCUAAUGAAGGUGACAGUGUGAAAGGAAUGGAGCUUGGUGAGUUGACUGUGACUACAACAGAGCAAGAACGUCCAGCUGCUUUUGUGUUUUUUAAGACACGCUACGAUGCACUUGUUGUUUCAGAGGUUCUACAAUCAUCAAAUCCUAUGUUAUGGGUGUCGGACUUAGCUCCAGAACCUCACGAUGUGUAUUGGAGGAAUCUUAACAUACCUUAUCGACAACUUUGGAUACGGAGAAUAGUAACUCUUGUUGGCGCAGUUGCCUUCAUGUUUGUGUUUCUUAUUCCUGUGACCUUCAUUCAAGGUCUGACUCAGUUAGAACAGUUGUCUCAUGCAUUUCCGUUUUUAAGAGGCAUCUUAAAGAAGAAGUUUAUAAACCAGGUCAUCACAGGGUACUUACCCAGUGUGAUACUGAUUCUGUUUUUCUAUGCCGUUCCACCACUGAUGAUGUAUUUUUCAGCCUUGGAGGGAUGUAUUUCACGGAGUAUAAGGAAGAAUAGUGCAUGCAUCAAAAUCUUAUAUUUUACCAUUUGGAAUGUGUUCUUCGUGAAUAUUUUAUCCGGGUCUGUUAUCAGGCAACUGAAUGUCUUCUCUAGUGUCAGAGACAUACCUGCACAACUUGCAAGAGCAGUGCCGACACAGGCUGGCUUCUUUACGACCUAUUGUUUCACAUCUGGUUGGGCCAGUUUGGCUUGUGAAAUAAUGCAACCUAUGGCUCUUAUAUGGAAUCUGGCAGCAAAAUCUAUUUCAACGAACAAGGAUGAGUCAUACGAAACACUUAGGUUCCCAUACCAUACCGAAAUUCCUCGAUUGCUUUUGUUUGGGCUCCUGGGUUUCACCAACUCAGUCAUAGCGCCACUUAUUCUACCGUUUUUGCUGAUUUACUUCUUCCUUGCAUAUCUAAUAUACAAAAAUCAGAUACUCAACGUGUAUAUUACGAAGUACGAAAGCGGUGGAAAAUACUGGCCUAUCUUUCACAACACAACAAUCUUCUCACUGAUCUUGACACAGAUUAUUGCUUUGGGUUUUUUCGGACUAAAGCUAUCAACCGUUGCUUCGGGUUUCACCAUACCGUUGAUUCUCCUCACUCUGCUCUUUAGUGAGUAUUGCCGGAAUAGAUUUGCGCCAAUAUUCCAUAAGCAUCCUGCUCAGGUUCUUAUAGACAUGGACAGAGCUGAUGAAAUGACAGGAAAGAUGGAAGAGUUACACAAAAAGUUGCAUAGUGUAUACUCCCAAAUACCAUUACACCUUCAGAAAUCAUCGAGCAACGGUGAAAGCAGUACUCCUUUCUCAAAUCAGGAGUUACCAGAUCCUGAGAAAUUGAAGCCAGAGGAAGGGGACGCCAUAGCUAAAGAGUUAUGGGGCUUCCAGGGUAAUGAAUCUGGUCAAGAACAUGACACUAAGUCAUGUCCCAGUGCUUCUUCACCAGAGCAUCUGACCCCUAAGAUGAUCGAGCUCCACAAACUGAACUAGAACGUUUAAUUAAUGAUUUGAAGUGCUAUUCAAUCACUGGGGCUCCAAUUCAUUAAAGUGGGGUUUAAGCAGAAGAAUAUUCUGUUGAAGAAGCUCAGCUUCUAAAGGAGCCAAUGGUAAAUGUGAAUAUACUCACUGACUGAAAGAAAGAUAAUGGUAAAAGUUGAAUUGGAACAUUUUUCAUUUUCUUUAGUUGAAACUCCUACAAAUUCUGUAGGAGUAAAUUGGAGAAAGCAUGUAGAGUCUUCUUGCUUAAAGAAAAAGCUGUACAUUUUAUAGUUGCUGCAAGAAGAAAUGUAUUAGUACUCAACUUUUCUCAAUAGAAUAAUUAAGAGCAAAAGAGCUCUUCGUACU